UGUUGGUAUUUGAGAAGCAAGAAACUUAAACUAGUGAACUGCGUCUAAACUCAGUAGUUUCAGUUAGGUAGGUGCAGAGAUACAACGCAGGAGAACAAGAAGAAGAACAAUCAUGAGCUGGUUGGGAGAUCCAAUAAUGGCCAUCUCAAGCUCUCUGUGUGUGUUCCUUCUCAUAGGACUCAUCAAGAUCUUUCAGAAACUAUGGUGGAAUCCAACUCGCUUACAGAGUCUGCUGGCUUCUCAGGGAAUCAAAGGCCCUCCUUACAGACUAAUCCAUGGAAACAACAAGGAAACCUCCUACUUCCGAAAGGAAGCCAUGAGCAGACCCAAAGGUUUAUCACAUGAUGUGUUUUGUGCAAUUUUACCUCAUAUGCACUCAUGGACCAAGAUAUAUGGGAAGAAUUUUCUUCAAUGGGAUGGUCUUGAACCUGUGUUGGUCAUUACGGAGCCUGAGUUGUGCAAAGAGAUACUGAACAACAAAGAUAAUGCUUUUCCAAAAUCCAAGCCUCAUGGCUAUAUCAAGAAGCUAUUAGGAGAUGGCCUUGUGACAACACCAGAUGGUGAAAAAUGGGCCAAACUGCGGAAACUGGCCAACCAUACCUUCCAUGGAAACAGCUUAAAAAGUAUGAUUCCAGCAAUGGUAGCUAGUACGGAGACAAUGCUAAAAGGGUGGAAAAAUCAUGAAGGGGAAGAGAUUGAGGUGUUUGAAGAGUUUAGAUUGUUAACUUCGGAUGUCAUUUCUAGGACGGCAUUUGGCAGCAGCUACUUAGAAGGGAAAAACAUUUUUGACUUGUUAUUUAAGAUAUCCUCCUUAUCAAUGAAAUUUGUUUCCUUUAAACCCAUAUUUCCGGGUUUCAGUAAAUUUCUUAGAUUUAGUGGUGAGAGUGAAUUAGAGAAGCUUGAGAAAGCAAUACACGACUCCAUCAUGAAGAUUAUUAAAGCAAGAGAAAGAAAAGCUGUGAAUGGAGAAGAAGAUGGAUUUGGGAGGGACUUUCUUGGAUUACUUUUAGAGGCUCAUCAUGAUACGAACGACAAUCAGAGGAUUUCAGUGGACAAUGUGGUUGAUGAGUGCAAAACAUUAUACUUAGCCGGACACGAAAGCACUGCUACUCUCCUUGCUUGGACUGUCUUUCUUUUAGCACACCAUACGGAUUGGCAAGAGGAAGCAAGGAAGGAAGUCCUGCAAUUAUUUGGUAAACAAACACCAAAUCCUGACGGCAUUGCCAAACUAAAAACAAUGAGUAUGAUCUUGAAUGAGUCUCUGAGGUUAUAUGCUCCUGUUCUUGGUAUUGUUAAAAGGAAGGUUGAAAAGGAAGUUAGAUUGGGGAAUUUCAGCCUUCCUGCUAAUCUGGAAUUGGCCAUCUUCUUUCUGGCAGUUCAUUAUGAUCCUCAAAUCUGGGGACAAGAUGCUCAACUUUUCAAACCAGAGCGGUUCUCAGAAGGGGUUGCUAAAGCUACCAAGGAUAACCUAGGCGCAUUCUUACCCUUUGGAUUGGGCCCUCGAAUUUGUGUGGGGUUUAACUUUGCAACCACUGAAGCAAAGAUUGCUUUGUCAAUGAUUCUACAACGCUACUCCUUUACUCUUUCCCCGGCUUAUGUUCACUCACCCUCUCAGUAUCUUACAAUUCGUCCACAACAUGGAGUUCAAGUGAUUCUACACUCACUGUGAACUAUGAAGAACAUAAUUCCCUACAAAGCUUGAACUUGGUGUUUUCAGUAGCUAAACCAUAAUUUAAUGGACCAUAUGGUAGCUUCUAAAGAGUCAGUCUCUGCUUUGAGGUCAGUUACAAGUUAGCUCUUGUUUUUGCUGCUUUGUAGCUUGGUUCUAGCUUUCUCUUGGAGUAUUAUGAACUGCUUUCACAAUUCUGAAUAGACAUUGCUAGGGGACUUCAACUAUGUAAUCUGUAUAUGCAGAAAUGUGUUAUUUGACUUCAGUGAUGUAAGAUGUUUAUCUGUGGCUUAUAUGAAGAAAUAUGAUGCCUUUUUUGCUGCA